AUGAACAGCCUCGCAGUUCUGCCAGCCACACCCGCUGAUAUACCCAUUCUACUCGACAUAUACUUUACGUCCUUCACCAACCCCCUUGCACUCGUCGCCUUUCCUCCUUCUUCUACCUCGGUCCAAUCAUGGUGGGCCGCCAUGCUCAAUGACGAGAUUCAAGAUCCAAACUCCCUCUUCUUGAAGGUAGUCGACCCUUCUCUCCCAGAAGAUGGACAGAUCGUCGCCUGGGCAAAAUGGAACCGCCCACAUGGGAAGGGCAUUGAUAUGACCUUGCCAGAAUGGCCGCAGGACGGUGAUAGCGAGCUGGCGACGAGGUUCUUCACAGGAUUGGCAAAGGAGCAUGAGCGUGUCAUGGGAUCCCGAGGGCAUUAUUACCUUGAGAUCCUAGCAACAAGUCCCGUGCAUCAGAAGCGAGGGGCAGGGUCCAUAUUGAUGGACGCUGGUGUUCGAAGCGCAGAUGAGGAGGGUGUGGAGGCCUAUCUGGAGGCAAGCCCGGUGAGCGUGGGACUCUAUCAGAAAUAUGGAUUCGAAGAAGUGGGGAAGGUAGAGGUUGACAUCAAGGGCCACGGCCAAUAUGCGAAUCUAUGCAUGCGGAGAAAGGCGCUAGAGAAGAGAGAAUAA